GCCUCUCCCAGCGCCGCAGUAUCUCCGAUGGCAACAUCAACACUUCUCUUACAUACAAGGACAACCUAGACCAAUAUGUCGAUCACCAUAGGCACGCCUCAGCCCUUCACCAUCAACAUCCCAGACUCCAAGAUCGAAACCCUCAACUCCAAGCUCGCCAAUGCAACAUUUCCCACCGAACUCCAAGAUGCCGCCUGGUCCAUGGGUUCUCCCUUAGCAGAUGUCAAACGUCUUGCAACCCAUUGGCAUCAGAAUUUCUCCUGGCGUAAUGCAGAGAAGCAGCUCAACAGUUAUCCACAAUAUACUGUCCCCAUCAAAGUUCCCAACUUCGAAGAGCUCGAGAUCCAUUUCAUUCAUCAACGUUCCAAACGAGAGAAUGCCAUUCCUUUGCUCUUCAUUCACGGAUGGCCGGGCUCUUAUUUUGAAGCCCUGAAAUUGCUCCCACUCUUGACAGAUCCAAAAGACCCCAAUGCUCCCGCUUUUCACGUCGUGGCCCCGAGUCUGGCUGGCUACGCAUGGUCUCAGUAUCCUUCACGAAAGGGCUUCGGACUCAAGCAGCAUGCCGAGGUGCUUCAUGGAGUGAUGAAAGCUUGUGGCUAUGAGAGCGGUUAUGUCUCGCAAGGCGGCGAUUGGGGAGGCUUUUUAUGUCGGUUGGUGUCGAAGUUGUUUCCUGAGAGUGUCAAGGCUGUGCAUACCAAUUUCCCGGUCCACCAGUUCCCCAAGCCGUGGAAGAAUCCGAUUUCGUUUGUACAGGCAAUGGGAGGUAUUACUUUGUCGAGUCAAAUUCGAGGGGACUUGGCGCAUACACAAAAGUACUUUGCAGAAGGCGAUGGCUACCUUAAAGAGCAAGACACGAAGCCGCAGACACUGGGCUACGGCUUGACAGAUUCUCCCGUCGCGCUUCUAGCUUGGAUUUAUGAGAAGCUUCAUGACUGGACAGACUCCUAUCCCUGGACUGAUGACGAAGUCUGCACCUGGAUUUCCAUCUAUGCAUUCUCCCGCGAAGGUCCUUCUGCCAGCACAAGAAUCUACUAUGAAUCCGCGCAUCCUUUUGGCGAAGGUGCUGUGAGCAGAAUGGAUGUAGUCAACAUGUAUAUUCCCAAUAUCCCUCUUGCGCUGGCCUAUUUCCCACAAGAACUUGCGAGAUUGCCGAAAUCUUGGGCGUGGAGUAAUGGCCCCAUUGUACAGCAGACCACUUUUGAUGUCGGAGGGCAUUUCGCUGCUUUCGAAGUUCCGGAGCUGCUGGCUGGAGAUUUGAGAAAGCUGUUUGGGCCUGGUGGGCCUUGUGAAGGUGUGGUGGAGGGAAAGAAGGGAUUUUGAGGAGGAUGAGCGACGGAGAUCAGAUACAGAGAUGACACAUCAGAAAACAGUAAUUUGCACGUGG